ACUUCUCUCCUUUAGCCCUCCUCCGGAGAAGACGGACAGACAGACACCUCCUCGACUUCAACUCCAUCAUCAUGACGACUAUGAUGUACUCCUCCUCCUCAAGGAACUCCAUGAGGUCCGGUGGUGGCUUUGGGGGAGCGUCCCUCGGCAGAGGCAUGAGCUCCUUCAGCAUGACAGGAGGGGCAGGAGGAGGUGGUGUUAGGGUCUCCCAAGCCAGCAGGAGCUUCUCUGCCGGCGGUGGUGGUGCAGGUUUUGGAGGUGGUGCAGGCUUUGGAGGUGGUGCAGGUUUUGGAGGUGGUGCAGGCUUUGGUGCAGGUGCAGGAUACGGGGCUGGCUUCGGAGGAGGAGCAGGGAUGGACGACAGCGUCAUCGGCAACGAGAAAUUCGCCAUGCAGAACCUGAACGACCGUCUGGCCACCUACCUGGCCAAGGUGGCAACACUGGAGACGUCCAACGGCGAGCUGGAGCUGAAGAUCAAGCAGUUUGUGGAGAACAAGGCUGGCCCAGCCUCCAGAGACUACAGCGCCUUCUUUGUCACCAUCGCAGAGCUGCAGGGAAAGAUUCAGGAAGCCAUCAUUGCCAAAGGUACCGUCAUGCUGCACAUUGACAACGCCCGUCUGGCUCAGGACGACUUCAGACUCAAGUUUGAGAACGAGCUGUCCAUGCGUCAGUCGGUGGAGGCCGAUAUCGCUGGCCUGAAGAUGCUGAUGGGAGAAGUGGGCGUGGCCAAGACUGACCUGAGCAUGCAGAUCGAAAGCCUGACAGAUGAGCUGGAAUCCAUGAAGAGGAACCACAGUGAGGACCUGAUGGCCACGCGCACUGAGAUGAGUGGACAGGUGAACGUGGAGGUGGACGCCGCUCCUCAGGCGGACCUCACCAAGAUCAUGGAGGACAUCCGUGAGCACUACGAGUCCGUUGCCUCCAAGAGCCGCAGAGAUCUGGAGAACUGGUUCCAGUCCAAGUCGGAGGUCCUUGCACAGGAGGUGGCAAGCACAGAGAUGACGCUGAAGACAUCGUCUACCGAGGUGAAGGAGGUGAAGAGCCAGCUUCAGGCCCUGCAGAUUGAGCUUCAGUCUCAGCUCAGCAUGAAAGCGUCUAUUGAAUCUUCCAUGGCUGAAAUCCAGAGCCGCUUCGGCAUGCAGAUGAACGGAUACCAGAAUCAGGUGUCGUCUCUGGAGGAGCAGCUGGUGCUACUGAAGUCCGACCUGGAGCGCCAGUCGGAGGAAUACCAGGUGCUGCUGGACAUCAAGACCAGGCUGGAGAUGGAGAUCGCAGAGUACAGGAGGCUGUUGGACGGAGAGGGGAUCGGCUCAUCAUCGGUCUCAGUCUCGUCCACAACCACAAAAACUGUCAUCACAAAGGUCGUUGAGGAGACCAUCUGAAACCAAUCACAAAAGUCUGUCUGACCGGAGAUGGAGUCAAGUCUGCCCUCUUCCUGCAUGCUGGGAUCAGGGAACACCUCCACCCGAUGAAGAGCCUUUCUCAUCUUCAUCACGGUGUGAAUUUCUAACUUUACGUUGCCAACAAGAAAUAAAACUCAACUAAAGUCAA